GGUGGGGGUGGGGAGCGCAGGGAAGGGGGAGCAGCGAUCGCGAGAAAAAAAUGCAGCCUCCCAAAAUAAAGAGCAAAGAUUGCGUUGGGAGCGCGCGGCGCUGCAGACGCGGAUGGCAGCCCGGUGUCCGUGAGUUCGCGGCCCCCUCCUGAUCCGAGCCGAGCGUGGCUCCGGGACUCGCCUGCCCGCGGCCGCCGCACGGCCGCAUGCCCCGGCCCCGGCCCCGCGCCCCUCCGGCGCUGACCUCCCCCCCUGUUAGUUGACUGCACACAACACAACAAAGGCGCUGGAUGUCUGCGCUCCUGGGGGGCGAGCGCGGCAGACGGACACUCGGACAGCCCCGGCCGCGCUCGGGGGAGGGCCUCUCCUCCGCUCCUGCCCGGCAGCAGCAGCAUGGACGUGUUGGCUAGCUAUAGUAUAUUCCAGGAGCUGCAACUCGUCCACGACACCGGCUACUUCUCGGCCCUGCCGUCCCUGGAGGAGACCUGGCAGCAGACAUGCCUUGAAUUGGAACGCUACCUACAGACGGAGCCCAGGAGGAUCUCGGAGACCUUUGGUGAGGACUUGGACUGUUUCCUCCGUGCUUCUCCUCCCCCGUGCAUCGAGGAAAGCUUCCGGCGCCUAGACCCCCUGCUGCUCCCCGUGGAAGCCACCAUCUGCGAGAAGAGCUCGGCAGUGGACAUCUUGCUCUCUCGGGACAAGUUGCUCUCUGAGACCUGCCUCAGCCUCCAGCCAACCAGCUCUUCUCUAGACAGCUACACAGCCGUCAACCAGGCCCAGCUCAACGCAGUGACCUCAUUAACACCCCCAUCGUCCCCUGAGCUCAGCCGCCAUCUGGUCAAAACCUCACAGACUCUCUCAGCCGUGGAUGGCACGGUGACGUUGAAACUGGUGGCCAAGAAGGCUGCCCUCAGCUCAGUAAAGGUGGGAGGGGUGGCAACGGCAGCAGCAGCCGUGGCGGCAGCUGGGACUGUUAAGAGUGGACAGAGCGACAGUGAACAAGGCGGGGGAGGCACAGAGGCGUGCCCCGAGAACAAGAAGAGGGUUCACCGCUGUCAGUUUAACGGGUGCCGGAAGGUCUAUACAAAGAGCUCCCACCUGAAGGCCCACCAGAGGACUCACACAGGUGAGAAGCCUUAUAAGUGCUCAUGGGAAGGGUGUGAGUGGCGUUUUGCACGAAGCGAUGAGCUCACGAGGCACUACAGGAAACACACAGGUGCAAAGCCCUUUAAAUGCAACCACUGCGACAGGUGUUUUUCCAGGUCUGACCAUCUUGCCCUCCACAUGAAGAGACAUAUCUAAAACCCUAGAGGCCAGAGUCGCCAUGGCGUCGGCCGCUGUCUGAAGGAAAUGCCGUGAGGCAGGGGCUGGACUUCAGGCGGGGACCCAUUGCCUCGCAGAAGAAAGUUCUCACGUAUCAACCUCUGUGUACACACACAGACCCACACGCAUCCACGCCUAGACCCACAUGCACAUACUGUCAUGCACUCAGCUAUAUUUAAAAUAUAUACGUCUAUUCUUUAUGCCUUGCCCUCGCCAGAUGGUAGAAGACGAAGAGGAAGGAGACCAGGUGAACUCAGCAAGGCUGACUGGCUGCUUACUUCAGCACUAUUGGAAUGACUUCCGCUGUUGCCAAUGGAAAUCAGAGAAAAUGGAUGUGAUAUCUCUGCAGGUGGACGACAGUGAGAGGGGCUUAGUUAACUGGCUUCUCAGUGCAACUUGAUAGGAGAAUACACGUCUUAAAGUUGCAUAUGUGUAGCACUAACGUUUCUUUUAAGUAGUUGGGAGAAAAUGACCUAGAAAACCAAAUUGCAGUUUGGUAGCCAAAAUUAACUCUUGGUUCAUUGUCCUUUGUGUGUGAAAAGUCCUGCUAUUCCGUGCGUCCGACCUCCUCACAGAACUGUUGAUGGGUUUUGGUUCUUCUUAGUACUGUUGAGAUCUUUCCAGUUGAUACCAACGGCCUUAGCGGCGGCAGACUCUGGAAUAACACCUUACACCUUUCUGGCCUGCAUUUCUCUAGACUUCACUCUCAAGGGAGGAGUUUUCUUUUCUUACUUUUUGACUCUUGCACACAAUAUGCACUAGGGAUUCUGGAAACUUCUAGCAUGACUGCAAAGUGGCCAAGAGAAUAAAGUCCUUGAUGAUAAAUCACAGUAUAUCCCUUGAGCCUCACCUUAUUGCCAGUGCUAGAUUUUUUCUUUUUAAUCUCUCUGUUUUUGCUAACGAAACUUGAAAAGCUUAUUUGGAAGCUUAAAUGUUUUAUCUUUUCUCCAUGGACUAAGCCUCCCCAGGACUCUCUCGGCACCUGGAUGCCCAGCUCUCAAAGCAGCCCAUCAGAUGGGACGUCACAGCUCUCUCGGCCUCUGAGGCAUCCUGACCUCAGCUCAUGGUGAUCAACCCCGUGCUGUCUGUCACUGCUCCCCUAUAACCAGUUUCAGCAUAGAUGUCGCUAGUCUCAAAGGGCAGCUGCAUAUUUAACCUAACUCUGGGUUAUGACCUGACAAAAAGCCAAAAAUAUCACUCUUUCCAGGAGUGGAGAAAACUGAGGAUGCCUCCAAAGUCUAGUGGCUUCAACAAACAUCAUCCUUUCUUCCUCUCUCAUACCCACUGAGCUCGUAUCACCCCACUUGUUAAAACACACAAUUCAAAAUGCCAUUGUGGGUGCAAAGGGUGGACAUUUAAGGAAAGGGUUGAGAUGUUUCUCUCAUGGUCUGUCUAAAUGGAGAGACAUAUUUCUAAAUUGUUUUUGGCUAGGCCCACCAUGACUUGUGACCCAGGAAGCCAGGAUCCAUAGAGGCUCCCAUUUAUUCUGCAGGCUGGCUCCAAGGGGGUUUACAGUCCUCACUUUCCAUCCCACACUCACGUCCAGUAUCGGUCUCUACCCGCAUUCUUAGCUAGCUGGCACUGGCCUCAACUCCAAAGACUGCCUUUAGGACCAUUAAAUGGCCUAUGCAAGCAAGCGGGGUGGUUAUUAGGACAGAUUGUAUAUUUUGUAUAUUCUGGGACCAUCCCUUCAAGACACGUCUGCAAAACAAAAAUGGCACUUGGUCCACACAUGUUGCUGCUCCUUCACACCAGCUGGCUCCCCUCCUGCCUCCUUUGGCUGUUUGACUCCUUGACUGUUAAAAUGCCACCCCACACCUAUUCGGGAUGCAAAACUGAAGUCUUUAAAAGGAAGUAAUAAUAUAAGAAACACAAAGACAUCUGUGACAGCGACCUUCAGGAUCCUUGGCAUUUGGUUUCUCAGCUUUCUGCAACCUUUGCUUUCACUGAGAUGUUGAAACUGCUCGUCUGAGGGUGAAGGAGCCUCCUUAUCACAAAUGCUGUAGCUGCCAGUUGGACUCUUGGGGCAUUCUGAGGUCUGGCCCUCAAAGUUUUCUUUCUCUUUUUCAUUUUUUCAAUUUAGACCAAAAAAAAAAAAAAAAAAGAACCACCACCCUAAAACACACACACAAAAUCUGCCCAUUUGCCGGAGGCAAUUAUGUAUAUGUUAGUUGGAGGGUAUUAAAAAAUCAGUUUUAUUCCAAAGAUUUAAAACUAGGCAUGACUUAGAAACGAUUCCUGGAGCACUGCUUGCUGACAAUCUCUAGUCCUCCACUGCAUUUGAGUGCAUUUUCUGGCCAGUCCAUCAGGGCGCACCCUGGGGCUGUAUUUGAAUGUGUGGCGCAUCCUUUCUGGAUGAAGGAUGUGUGAGGGACCUUGAACCUUGGCUGUAUUAAACUGUAGCGCCUCCAGUCAGUGCACUAGAUGAAACAUGAGACACCCCAGGUUCCUUGGUCGUUGACUUCCCUUUCUGGAGCAGCCUCCAGCAUGAAUGCACGCACACACCAGUGAUGGCAUUAGCUGUGGCUGCCACGAUUCACAAACGUUCUCUCCCCAGCCAGAGCCGCUCUUGCCUCUCGAAAUGCUAUUAUUAAGGGUUUAUAAUAUUUAAUUUAAUUUUUGAACUGACCAAUGCAAGGCUGUAUUAAAAAGAAAGUUUUUGAAAAAAAAGAAUGCAAAAGAGUAAUCAUUUCUUGUUUGCUCCCUGUUGCCAUCUGUGGUCUUGAAAAGAUCUCAUUUGAAUGUGACGGAACAAAGGCCCUUUGGUCCUCAUCAGUGUCUGAAAUGUUCCAUAAUUCCUCUCUCUUUUGUACCAGUGAGGUCCUUUGUAAUCUGCUCCUGACCUUUCUCAGAGCUGGGUGCGCUGAACCGCAGUGGAGGGGCUUGCUUGCUUCAGAGUCAUUUGUCGACUGUGAGAAUUGGCCUGAGAAUCUGGUGGGUGCUAAGUGUAUGGCUUUGAAACUCUUCUCCAGCUCGAUGACACCUGUGAGUGAGAAGCAGUCCUAUCCAUGGGAGGGAGGGGAGCCCCAGUCAUUUUGGAAACAGAUUUGUAAUAAAAUAUCCAUCAUCUCUGAAAUGGCAGAGAUGGCUGGUAAGAGCCUGCCAGAGUGGACAGGCUUUCCUAGAAAUAACCUGGAGCUGUUUCGCUCCCAAGAGGACAGGUUACUUAAAACAGUGCUUUAUUGGACAUUUGAAGCACAUUAAACUGCUUUCUCGUUUAAAUUGUUACCUCCUAACAUUCCAGGGGAUCCCAAAUUUGAAAGGAAAAGCCUGGCCUGAUGUGUCUUGUGGUGGUUCUCCCAAGCACACCUAAUGCAGGGCUCAGAGUUGGAUGUGUAGAAAAAGAGUGUUUCUAAGCCAUUAACAGUUUUCUUUAUUUCAAGUUAUGCUUCUUCCUGCUACCACAUGGCUGUAAGUGAAAGAAGUGCAAACCUGAAAUUCUCAUGCCGCUCCUCGCUGCUGGCCUCCUGCCCCACUGAUGGUUCACUGGCCCAGCCUAAUGCCUGGUGGUGACGAGUGUUAUGUCCAGAAAAAGAGAUGUUCAGAUUCCAUGACAAAGCUGCAUUUUAUAAAAGUAUCGGAGACCCCAAGAUCAGCGUUGUGCUGACCAUUUCCUUCUCCUCUCUGUGUACUGUCCCUUGCGAAGCCCUUCAAAGCCCCAUGUCCUCCCCACCUGCACCUCUUGUGCCCUUUUUACAUCUUUGAUUGCCUGAUUAUAACAGGGUAAAAAGACGGCCAACCUCGUGCGUGCUUAGCAGAUCUGAUUCCUAUUUUUAAAAAGUCUUCUUUGAACCUAGAAGCCAGAGAAGGUUUUUUAAGGACUUUGGUUUGGGCUAAGCUUCCAGAUUAGCCAUGUCUAUAUGCAUCAAAGGGGAAAUAAAUGGGACUUUCAGGGUGGCUCAUCCAGAACAUUUUGCCUAUCGACCCCACUCCUGAAUCCUACGGCAAAUUGAAAGAAAGGAAGUCACAUGGUAAGAACAACAAAACCUGCUGAUUAGUUUUAUUGGUUCAAAAUGGUUUCCCCUGCGGAAGUCAUUUCAUGAAACAUGAACUACAGCAUGAAGCGCUUUUGUCUUCUCUUGCAUGAGUUGGUUUUAGGAGAAGGAAGAUGGUAGGGAAAGUCAGAGAGACGAAACACAUUUAACUACAAAAAUCAGGUUCAUUGUUUCUUUCUUUGUUUUAAAUCUUAUGAGGGCCAUCAUUUCUGGUGGCAGUUUUGCAACCAGAUCUUUGCCAAAGUGAAAAUUCGUUGACUAGAACCUGGUUGAAAUGUACUCAUGGAGGCUUUCCCCAGCAUCUUCCGGAAGUGGCUGCCUGCCAGGCGUGGGGUGGGGGCAGGAGGAGAGAGUUGGCAUUCUGAGUCUGGACUAAAUUUCGGUAAACAUGGUGAUAUCUCAGUUUGAAAACUGGAGGGGCUGGCCUGAGUACACAUCAAUGCCUCUUUGAUGGCCUACUUUCCUCCAUGAGGAUCUUUGGGAAUACUUGAGAUGGAACAACAAAAAUGUGUCAAAGGCAGCAAACUGCUUGUAGACGUGAGAUCCCAGGACCAGCUGCCUGAGGCUCCAGGGCUUUCUCCUGCUCUUAACACUCUCUUCAGUCUCCUCUGUUGGUUCCUAAUAGAUCCCAGGAAAGGGAACAAUAAAGCUGCAAUUAACCUUCUUCUGUGCACCCUUCCAAUAUAGUACUGUAUCCCUCAGGUUUUCUGCAGUUAUGUAUAAGUCCUCGGGAAACAGGUAUCAAAAAUGGAGAGAGAAAUCCUAGGCUGUCCCUUCACAAAUAUUCCAAACAAGAGACUUUUCAAACAGGGCUCCCUCUCUGUAAUCCCGAGGGAAGGGUGAUAUGUUCUUUGUUGGGGACUGUUUAUACAAUUUUUUUCAACUGUGAGCUUUGGAAUCAUAAAUUGCUUUGACUCCAGCUUCUGUCUACUGCCAUAAAAUGGACCCCACAUCAGAAUAAUGAGGGUGGUAUGUGUGCCCACGCCUAGAGAGUGUGCAUAUGUACCUAUGGUACCUUCGCAGAAGGAAAACAGGCUACUGAUGUUUAAGAGGAGUAGCCACCAGUGCCUAAUAUCUUUUCGGGGGAUGGAUGCUUAUAAUGCCAGUAUAUUGAAACCACACUGGGAGUUCCACAUAGAGGGAGGGGCUGCGGGGGGCAGAGGGGACAUUUUAAUCCUAGGCCUUGGGACCAGAGGCAGAACGAUUUCUGCCAAUCUAGGUCCUGAAAGGCUUUUGGGCUCAUUGGCUGGUUCUCAACAUUUUUGGGUUUUUCCCAGCAUGCAUUUUCUACCUAAACUCAGACUUAGUUUAAUUUCCUUAUCUUUCACUUCUGCUUCAUUCCAGGGAGGAAAAAUACACCUGUUAUGGCCAAGAUCUCCUUGCUAACACAGAGGCAAAAAUAAAUGUUCAUGUUUUUGAAGCCUCCCCUUCUUCCCACAGAUCCUCCCCGACUCCUCUCUCAUCACCCCUCCCACUCCCGCCACACGACUUCCCAGCUACCACCACUUUCUUUCAGAUCCCUGUUCUCCUCUGAACCAUGGCUUGAAGAAGUUUGUUUUUGCACUGUUGUUUUCUUUUUGCCGGAUGUGUCUAACAAGCGUGUUUGGAGAGACCGACUCCCAGCCCCUCCCCGGUCACAUUCUCUCAGGCCUUCUCUGGUAUUUAUAAUAUAUCACAGAAGUACCCAGUCUUAGAGCCCUCGGUUAUGCCUUUUUUUGACAUUUUAUUUUUUUUAAGCUUUUUAUAUAUAUAUAUAAAUAUAUUACUUUGUCAAGUUUUUUUGCUGUACAAAAGUCUUAAGAUUUAAAACUAUUAUUUGUAUUAUAUGAUGGUGGUAUGUUAAUGUUACAAAAUUAUUAAUGAAGAAAAAAUUUAUUUUUGUUACUGGUCUGUUUCAUAAUUCUUUUUUAAAUUGGUAUAUUGUAAGAUAUCUAUGCAAAAAAUGUUAUGUGACGCAUUUUUAUUUAAGAAUGUAAUAUGUGUAAUAAACAGUAGAAUGUG